CACUGAUGAAAUAUUAGUACAAUAAUGCAAAAAAAUCAUUGUUAAUAACACAUGUUCCUUCUCCCUCUUCAUACAGAGACAGAGGAUGUUGGCGGCUAUGAAUGCAAUGAAUGGAGGAAUGAUGGGAGGUAUGGGAGGUCUAGGAGGGAUGGGAGGUAUGGGAGGUAUGGGAGGUCUAGGAGGGAUGGGAGGUAUGAUGGCAAACGGAGGAGUAAACCCUGGGAUGAUGGCUGGAGGCCUGAACCCACCCAUGGUUGCUGGUGGUGGGGCUGGUUUCAUCGGGCAGCCGCAGUUUGCUCAGUUUGUUCCUGGAGUUUCUGCUUAUGCUGCACCGGCCCCCAUUCCCCAAGUGUACGCUGUCCCUGCAGUCGGUGGGUUUCCUUAUAUGGGAGCUCCUCAGGUGGCACAAAUGGCUCCUCAGCAGCCUCUGAUGGGGAUCACGGGUGGUGCAGUGCAACAGCAGCCUCCUCUUCAGCCUGAUCCACUCAGAAGAUUCAGGCGUCAGAUUAUGAAACAGGACAACCCCUUGAAGACCACUGUGGAUACUCAGAUUCCAGCUCCUACUGGCACAACAACCACAACCCCUCCCUGCGACGAUCAUCAUGACGAUUAUUAAGAUGAUAAUCUCAACGAAUGAAUCAAUCAAACAUGCAAUGAUUACUGUGAUAAUAAAACUUGAAUGAUGUGAUUUUGUCUCGCUAAUCACCGAUGACUGUGGAAGCUGUGUGUGUGUUAUGUGUUCUUUUAAAACCAACUUCAGACUGAAUCAUAGUGAUGUACUGUUCAUGUCAACUAUCCAAUAAAA